AUGCAAGCCAGUGUUGGCGGUAUAGCAAAGAUAACAGGUGGUAGAAAAACUGCUGUGUCUCUCAACCCUACCACGAAUGGGGCUAUCAUAGACCCAAUUCGAGCCGUCAUUGAAGAAAACCCUAAGGCAGCAUUUCGUACGACGGUGGGAAAUAGUUCAGAACAAUAUAAAUACACAAGUAUGAAGACAACAAAUGCAGCUAAAUUGCCAACGCAGGCACAACCUACAGAUAUCGUACCCUCAGGUAAAAACGCUAACGCAUAUAAACAAAUAGCGCAGAUAGCUUGGAACAAUAAAAGCAUGGUUCUACGGUUCAUUACGCUUAUGAGAGGUACUGAUGCAAAUGUUCCAAAUAAAGCGAAAGUUGCACUUAUGGCAACAUUAACGAAAAUAUCACCAGUCAAAAAACUUAUAUAUUGA